UCUUCUUCUUCUCUGUAACUGCCUUCCUUCACCAUUUUCUCUCCUCUGCUCUGCAACUCUCUCCGCCCAAAUGCUACCGAAAUCCACCGGAAUCCUUUGGCUUGACGGCGACCAUCACGACGGCGCUUCUUGGAACAGAACCAACAACCACAACAACGAUGACAUCGCCGUUGCUGGCUCCGCUUCCUCCUUCAAAUCCAUGCUCCAAUCCGACUGGUACAUGAACUCUACUACUCCUCUGAAUCCUUCUAACCAAGAUUUUCAUUCCCUCUCUUCACACCCCGAUGUUCGAAACCUUCCUUUCAACUCCAAUCCGCCGGAUAACUUGCUCUUACGCCCCAUAGAUUCUUCCUCUGCCUGCUCUGCAUCACAGGCUUUUUCUCUUGAUCCUUCCCAUUCCCAAUCCAUGUUGCCUCCGCAGAAAUCCUGUUUCCCUUCUCUUUUUAACGUUGCUUGUAGCAGUAAUUUUGAGAACGGCUUCGAUUUGGGCGGUGAGAAUGGCCUGCUUGGUUCUUACCAGGGGAACCAAGUUUCGAAUUCCUCAGCCAUGAUGGGAUUCAACGGCAUUUCGUCUCUUCCUCAAAUCGGUAAUCAGGAACUAAGCUUAAACAACGCGGAGUUUCCGGUCGCUGAUAACCCUCCGGCAUUCGGCGCUGGAUUUAAUCCGACGGAUGCCUUCGAGAGCUUCGAUGGUUGCGGGAAUGCUCUGUUUCAGAAUAGGUCAAAGGCUUUGAGACCUCCUGAAUCGUUCCCUCAGGUCGGCGGCACACAGCCGACGCUGUUCCAGAAGCGGGCGGCGCAUCGAGUUGGCUCUUCCGGAGCUGAUAAACUAGAGAAUUUGGAGGUUUCGGGUUCAAAAUUUGGAGACGGCUCAAUGUGGAUGCCGAAUAUGGAGAGGCUGAUGAAGAACAGCGACGAGGACAUUGAGGACGACAGCCUGGAUAUUUCUCACUUGAAUUACGAUUCCGAUGAAGCCAAUGAGUAUAAUAAGCUAGAGGACAAUGUUAAUGCUAAAAACUCCGGAAGCAAUUCCAAUGCCAACACCACUGUAGCUGGCGGAAACCAGAAGGGGAAGAGGAAGGGGAUGCCGGCGAAAAAUCUCAUGGCGGAGCGACGGCGGAGAAAGAAGCUGAAUGAUAGACUCUACAUGCUUAGGUCCGUCGUACCCAAAAUCAGCAAGAUGGAUAGAGCUUCAAUCCUUGGAGAUGCCAUUGAUUACCUGAAGGAGCUUCUUCAAAAGAUAAAUGAACUCCAUAAUGAACUCGAGUCGACUCCUCCUCCUCCUCCUGGUUCUUCGUUGCAGCCUCCUGCAAGCUUUCACCCUUCGACGCCGACGCUGCCGAAUCUUCCCUGUCGUGUCAAAGAUGAGCUGUGUCCAAGCUCCAUGUCAAGCCCCAAAGCUCAGCCUGCCAGGGUCGAAGUCCGAGCCAGAGAAGGCAGAGCUGUCAAUAUUCACAUGUUUUGUUCUCGCAAGCCAGGUCUCUUGCUAUCCACCAUGAAGGCUCUGGACAACCUUGGCUUGGACGUCCAACAAGCUGUGGUCAGCUGUUUCAAUGGAUUUGCUUUAGACGUGUUUCGCGCCGAGCAAUCCAAGGAAGGCGAGGAGAUCUCACCCGAGCAAAUUAAAGCAGUGCUGUUGGAUUCAGCUGGUUUACAUGGUGUUGUUUAAGUGAAGCUGUUCUGAAAUGCAGCCAUUGCAGUGAUGUUUUUAUGCUUCAACAAGUUCUGUAAAUGCAACCACAGUUAGCUCCGUCUUAUUCAUGAAGGCGGGUGCGUUCCCACCAUCCACAGCUACUAUAUUUUAUUUUUCUUUCAGAACACACUGCAUGAUCAACCAACCUCAUUUGGUUGAGUUCUUUUGGAAUAUGAUUUUCUUCUGAACGUAGUUUCCUUCUUAUCUUUCUCCCAUUUGAAAUUUU